AUGUUUAAUUUUAACAACAAUUUUUCAAUAAAAUUGCUUUUGGGAUUUCGCCUUCUUUUAGGACAGUAUUGUGAAUUUAAAACUAGUAAAAUAAUUCGAGUGCUUCUUAUGUUCUAUUGCUUUGUAUUUCAUAUUCUUAUGUGUUUAGUGAUACAUACGUACUAUGAUUCAAUUAAACUCAUAGAACUUCUAUUGUAUAUAAAAUUAUUGAAAAUAUUAGUGCCGGUAAAAGUUAUCACGAAUUUAUGUUUGUCGCUAUUCUAUAAAGAAAAAUAUUUUCUUAUAUUUUGUAAGAACCUCGAAACUAUUGAUAUGUUUUUGAAAUAUAAUAAGAAAUGUGAUGCUUGCAUAACUAUUGGUAUAUUUAGUGUAAUUAUUUUUGGUCAAUUGAUUUUUGAAAUUGUAAUUUUCUACCCCAGGGAUAUCAUUUAUGGGUUAGAAAAAUUUGUAGAUCUAGUUCUUUUUCUAAAUCUAAUAAUACCGUAUUUAAUAUAUGAAAUGUAUUGGCAAAGGAUGAAAUAUUUACGUUUGUUUCUUCAAAGCAAGUGCGUCCUAAGUGACGAUGUUAAUAUAAAAAUAUUUCAUUUAAAGAAGUUUGUACAAAUUUACAAACAUCUUUUAGAUCAAGUUGGUAAAGCCAACAGAGCUAUAAAAGUCAAGAUGUUUUUUGAUAUAAUAUUUAGUUUCCUAAAAGGACUAAUAGAUAUUUCCGUCGGGAUUAAAUACUUAAUUCAAUUGGACUCAUAUCAACAUUUUCACAUCGUUACUUUGAUACUAUUACCUAUUUUGAAUUUAAGUUUUUAUUUAAAUGGAGUAAUUUUCUUAGAUUUGGUUUAUGAUGAAUACGAGAAUAUUAAAGCAAGCUUAGUUAUGGAGCAAGUAAAGUGUGAAGAUAAUAAACUUCACGAAGAGAUCGUAAUAGCUUUGGAGUACCUGGAAAUUCGCCCACCAAGAUAUUCAGUAUGGAGAAUUUUCCCCUUGAACUUCAACCUUAUAACAGCAUUUGUUAAUAAUUCUGUUACUUAUAUAGUUGUCCUGCUUUCGUUUAAAUUCUCUUCAAAAUAA